AUGAGGCGUCCGCCCCGGAUAUUCGAAUUGCACAAGUCUCCUCUUCGAGACAACUCCUAUUUCGAGCUGAUUGAAUCGCCUGAGAUCCAAAACAUGUAUUCCCUCAAUCUCCCCGUCUCUGCUAUCCGCACAAAGAUCCGCCAGGAGUUUGAACGUCAUCGAUACGUGAACCAAUUACCAGUUGUGGAUGUAUUGGUAGCCAAGAGCAAUUCUGAGUACCAGGAAACACUCAACUAUUGGAAGCAACUCUCACAUGUGAUGAAAUACUUCCGCGUCGAAGAAGGCCCCACUGUAAAGCUGCCGAAGAACUUUAUGUCUGGCUUCCUGGAGAUUACUUAA